GUUCGCUUUGCGAAAGCGAAUCAUCCAAGAGGAAUCAUCAGUCUCAGUAGAAAAACACUUCAGAUCAAUUAAAAAUAUUCGAUUUAUAUCAGAACUGUUGAAAUGUAUUCUGUCCGAUUUCAAUGUAGCAGAUAAGCGGGGACAAAGUUGUCAAUAAGUAAAUUGUCGGGAGAUAACAUAUAUUGAUAAGAACAGCUUGCAGCAUCAAAUGAACAAUAUCUUGCUGCUUGAUUCCCUUCACGUGCUUUGUUUUACGUAAUUACACAACUGCAUUUUGCACGACAACGCGAACGGAAAAACCUUGAAGUUCGAACUUGAGCACCGAAAAGAGUUUCGUUGUGCAUUCUCCGUCAGACUUUUACCUUAUCAGUCAGAUCUGAUUUAUUGUGUUUACAAUUCUUUUAUCGCGCGUGAUAGCAUUGCUCUUUGAUUUGAAAGAUCAUUUCAAAGUUUCGCUUAAGCAGACAAGUAUUCGAGCAGCGGCUGCGGCUACGUGCCAGAGGAUUGAAUGCGGUGAAGAAAUAAAGAAAGGAUUAUUCCUGGAAGAAGUUACAUAGAGAAUUCCUCGAUGAAUUCUAUCCACGAUGCAUCGAUGCUUUUUGCUGUUACUGGUCCAAAUCGUUUGUGGAUUCAACGGGAGAGGACUUGAUUACCCGGGACGAUCGGAUUUGUUCGAGUUGUCUGUGGUACACUUAAAUGAUUUCCACGCGAGGUUUGAGCAAACGGGGCCGACAUCGGGAACGUGCCACGAAGAGGAAGAAGAGAAUUGCGUGGGUGGAAUCGCGAGGAUUUCCACGAUGGUGAACCGAUUGAUCGCGGAGAGACCGAAUCCAAUUUUCUUGAACGCGGGCGACAAUUUCCAGGGCUCGCUUUGGUACAACAUUCAUCGUUGGAACGCGACCGCUACGUUCAUGAACAUGCUCCCGCACGACGUUCUGACGUUAGGAAACCACGAAUUCGACAAUGGAGUCGAGGGCGUAGUACCGUAUUUGAAGAUGAUCAAAGCACCUAUGGUGGUGACUAAUAUCGAUGCGAGCGACGAGCCAACUAUGCAGGGUCUGUACAAGAACAGCACAAUCCUCGACAGGAAUGGGACGAAGAUCGGAGUGAUCGGUGUUAUUAUUUCAACCACUUACAGGAUUUCCAAUACGGGGAAACUAAAAUUCUUGGACGAGGUGGAAACGGUGAACGAAGAGGCGCGGAAAUUGAAGUCCCUCGGCGUGGAUAUCAUCAUCGUUUUAAGCCACUGUGGAUUACCUGUAGAUAGAAUAAUGGCUGCGAACUGUCCCUUGAUCGACGUAAUCGUCGGAGGACAUUCUCACACAUUUCUCUAUUCAGGACCACCACCGUUCAUAGACGAGCCCGAGGACGUGUACCCUGUGGUAGUGACUCAAGCCAAAACCCAAAGAACCGUACUCAUCGUUCAAGCUGCCGCGUUUACCAAAUAUUUAGGAAAUUUUACGGUGUGGUUCGACGACAAGGGCGAAGUGGUCGAUUGGGCUGGAAAUCCGAUUCUCCUCGAUCGUUCCAUCGAGCAAGAUCCAAAGAUACUGAAAGCUAUGAAACCAUGGAAAGUGGUCGUGGACGAGCUAGCAAAAUUGACGUUGGGAAGAUCGAAGGUGUACCUAGACAAUCGUUGCAAGGGUAGAGAGUGCAACCUCGGUAAUAUGAUCGCCGACGCUAUGGUGGAUUCCUACGUGAAGAAGGCGGAAAAUCGUACGUACUGGACGUAUGCUGCUGUCGGCGUGUUGAAUCCCGGGGGAAUACGCGCGCCCAUCGACUCGAUGAACAAGAACGUCACUUACGCAGACAUGAUGCAGGUCCAACCCUUUGAGAACACUUGGGACACGCUUGAAUUAAACGGCGGCUGCAUCUUGCAGAUUUUGGAAAUGAACAGACCCUUGGUAUGGUCAGGGUUGAAAAUCGUUUACAAGAUAAAUAGUAAUGGAUCGAGGACCGCGUUGGAAGUGAAGAUAAGAUGUAGAGCUUGCAAAGUGCCGAGGUUUGAGAAUUUGAAGGAAGAUCAAUGGUACAGAAUCGUUGCUCCGUCAUUUUUGGUUCGGGGCGGCGAGGGAUACUAUCCCUUUGAAACCUGCAGGAGAAAUCAUCGCGUGGGACCGGUGGACUGGGAGGAAUUACAACAGUACAUCAUGGUGAACAGCCCGAUAAUAGCUCGGCAAGAUCGACGAGUGAUCUUCCUGAACUGA